GCCGCCACGUGCUGCCCGCGCCAUGGAGCUGGAGGAGCUGGGCAUCCGGGAGGAGUGCGGCGUGUUCGGCUGCAUCGCCUCGGGCGCCUGGCCCACGGAGCUGGACGUGCCCCACGUGCUCACGCUGGGGCUGGUGGGGCUGCAGCACAGGGGCCAGGAGAGUGCUGGAAUUGUGACAAGUGAUGGAGAGUCAUCCCAGGCAUUCAAAGUGCACAAGGGAAUGGGUCUUAUAAAUCAUGUCUUCAGUGCAGAUAGUCUGAAGAAGCUGUACCCUUCAAACCUUGGUAUUGGGCACACGAGGUACUCCACCUCAGGAAUUUCUGAGCUGCAGAACUGCCAGCCUUUUGUUGUAGAGACUCUUCAUGGGAAGAUUGCUGUGGCACACAAUGGGGAGCUAACAAAUGCUGCACAACUCAGAAGGAAGCUUAUGCGGCAUGGUGUGGGACUGUCAACCAGUUCUGACAGUGAGCUGAUCACCCAGCUGCUGGCUUUCACACCUCCACUGGAAAACGACGAUACGGCCGACUGGGUGGCAAGAAUAAAAAACUUAAUGAAGGAAACUCCAACCUCGUAUUCAUUGCUAAUCAUGCAUAAAGACAUAAUCUACGCAGUACGUGAUCCAUAUGGGAAUCGCCCGCUCUGCAUUGGUCGCCUUAUUCCAGUCGGGGACAUGAAUGGAAAAGGAAAAGAUAACACUGAAACAGAAGGAUGGGUUGUCUCUUCUGAAUCCUGUAGUUUUUUGUCUAUUGGUGCAGAGUACUAUCGGGAGGUCCUUCCUGGAGAGAUUGUGAAAAUAUCCAGACAUGAUGUCCAGACACUGGAUGUUGUACGAAGACCUGAAGGAGAUCCUUCAGCAUUCUGCAUCUUCGAAUACGUUUAUUUUGCAAGACCGGACAGUAUUUUUGAAGGUCAGAUGGUGUAUUCAGUCCGCAGAAGAUGUGGGCAGCAGCUUGCUAUUGAAGCACCUGUGGAAGCAGACCUGGUCAGCACUGUUCCAGAGUCUGCAACUCCAGCAGCUCUUGGUUAUGCUCAAAAGUGUGGACUACCAUAUGUUGAAGUACUCUGUAAAAAUCGAUAUGUAGGGAGAACAUUUAUCCAGCCAAAUAUGAGAUUACGGCAACUUGGUGUUGCAAAGAAGUUUGGUGUUCUGUCUGAUAAUUUUAAAGGCAAACGAGUUGUUAUCAUUGAUGAUUCAAUUGUGAGAGGCAAUACCAUUUCACCCAUAAUAAAACUACUGAGAGAAUCAGGAGCCAAAGAGGUGCACAUCCGUGUAGCUUCACCUCCCAUAAGAUUUCCUUGUUACAUGGGAAUAAACAUUCCAACUAAAGAAGAACUCAUUGCCAACAGACCUGAAUUUCAUGAUCUUGCAAACUAUAUAGGAGCAGACAGUGUUGUCUAUCUUUCUGUAGAAGGGCUGGUAUCAUCUGUGCAAGAAAGCAUCAAAGCAAGACAAGAAAACAACCCUAAAACCCACAAGUCACUUUUGGGAAAGCUUGGUCAUUGCACAGCGUGUCUUACUGGAGACUAUCCCGUUGAGCUGGAAUGGUGAACUUUUAGUGGAUGGACAUCAGUUCAUAUGUUGUUGAAUGUACCUUUAUCAGUGAUGCCUUCUUGCUAAAACAGCCUUGCAUUUAGGUCAAACAGAAGCCUUAUGACAGCUAACUAAUUACUGUUACUAAAACACAUCUUUAAGUAAAGACUUACAGAAAGUCUGAUGUACUGAUGAAAACAAUGUAAGUAGAUAAAAAUACAAAAUCAUAUAGUUUUGAUGCACACUUGUGCCUUCUAUUUUCUCACAAAAUGCUAUAAAUACCAAAGUUUUUUUAAUUAUGUAGAAGUCCCAAAGUUUGUUGUUUUGGUCCUGUCCUAAAAGCUUCCCCAUUAGACUUGUUCACAAAGCACAAAUCAUGUGAUGAUGUAAUUUCAAAUUAUCAAAGUCUUAAUGCAAAAGUAUCCGAAGUUUGCUUUUCUCCUUAGGAAAAAUAUCAGAUUCUGAAGAAUGAAACUGCUUCCUCAGCAGUCGUUGCUUAGGCUUUUAAAGAAUAGAAGUAUCUAACUUUUGCAUACAGCCUUUUUUAAUUGAGACCUUUGUAACAGAUUCUAUGCACAUGAUGUCUAACAUGAUUUUUAAAAAUGAAGACUCAGGGA